AUGGUCAUUUGAGCGAAUGACUAACUUUUCGCACGAGUUAGUGCUAGUUUUUGUAUUUAGAAAAGUGAUAUCGUUCCAUUUAACUCAAUGCACGUAACUCAAAAAGCAUGCAAUACUACAAGAUGGGAGUUAAAUGAUUUAAUGGAGCACGAGUGCAAUCUAAAAACACACGAUUUCAUUUUAGAUCAUUCACAAAGGUGUGUUUUUCAGAAACACUGGACAAAAAUAGCUCAUCAGCACGCCUCGGAAUCAGAUGAGCGACCCGGAAACCUUAUUUCAACAUUACCGUAACAUUUGUAAGUCGAGGGGCACGCGCAAAAACAAACCGGAGAAAGUUUGGCUCGGUUGCCUAGAGGCGACAAAAUCGUGAUCUUACCAACUCAUCAUAUACCCAAGUGUGAGAUUUCUCAGUUUAUUUAUUUAUCUCAGUUUAUCGAAAUUUGCACCAACGACUACAAAUCCUGUCUACAGUAAAAUAAGGCUCCUAAUCGCAAUAAUAAUUUGAAUGCACCGGUAUGGUCAUUAACUCCAAACCAAAACAUUUGACUCCAGCAAUAAACACAAGCGCGUGCUGGCCUGAAGGCUUCUGUGUCAUCUGAUGGCGUUCUGCUUAGCUGAGCUGAACCUGUGGUCCUCAAGGAGCAGUCUGAAUGUGCAAGAUACAGAUAUUGGCACAUUCCAGUUUUACGAGAAAGGGGACUCAGUCUUUCCUGCAGAUCAGCAUUACUACAGUGAGAAGCAGCACUUUACCGAGACGCGAGGUUACCCAUGGUUCCUGAGUAACCGUCGUCCGGAGAGGUUAAGGGACGCCCUCAAGGAACUGGAGGAGUUGUUACAGUCUAAUUCCUGUGUUUGUACCAAAUGGAGAACAAAGCAUUGUUGCCAGAUGCUGUUGAGCUCAGGUGUUUUAGUGACCCUCACUCUGAGUGGAGUUCAGUUAGAGAGAGUGGGCAUCGACAAAACACUGGUGGGACGACUACCUGCUGACACCAUCAGUCACGCGGUGAUCGGGGAACACUUCAUCCUUCUCUCCCUGGCGGAGAAGAGUCAGGUGUGUCAGGUGUACCUGGGUAAGCGGAGCCAGAGUUCCCCUGAGCUCUCAGCACGGCGUCUGGAGAAGCUCUCAGCUGCUGAUAUUAAGGUCUCAUCCUUGGAGCUGGCAGGAGGAGGCGGCCGGCGUACAUGCAAGCGUGUGGCACUGAGCCGUGCUCAGGACGUGGGUGUGUGCUGGUGGCAAGGCGGGCAUGACGAAGUGUGGCCUUGGUCACCAGUUCCCAGCGUCUCCGAGAGAGCCAAUCUGGUUCUGCUGGGCUUUUCAGAAAGUCCUGGUCUUAUGGUCCUGAGCUCCAUACGCACCAGUGGCGAACCUCUGGACUGUUGCUUCAGCCUGACCCAACCCUAUCAGAUCCUGACUGUGGAGCUGCACAAGGAGGCUCACAGCUCCAGCACAGUGCUACGUGAGGACCCCAGUCGCUCCGUUGAGCUGCGUGAGGAGGCCCAUGUCACUCAAACUUGUGUGUACGAGUGCGCUCGUGGACGUUUGCAGCGCCUCUCAGCUACAUCUUUAGCUCUAUUUUCUGUUCCUGUGUCCUGGUGCCGUGACCCAAGUGAGCGCUGGAUUCUGCUGGGCCUUCAGGAUUCCACUGUGGUGCUGUUUCACAUUGAAACUGGCCUCCAGACCAGUGUUACCUGCCCCAUGCUUCCCUCUGUACUGGUCUGGCACCCUGACGGAGGCUUGAUUGUAGUGGCCGGGGGUCAGGGUGAGCUGCAGUGCUUUGAUUUGGGACUCAGCCAUGUCCAACUGCAGCUCGUGUCCGAAGAGGACGUCAUCGGAACGAGUGGCGUGAGUCUGCAGCUGGCCAGACAUGUGAGAAUAGCCGGUGGGUUGGAGGGUGUGGAGUGGGCGCAUUCACCGAUGUCACAGGGUGCUGAGGGGCUGGAAGUGCACGAUCUCCUGAUGCUCAGGUUCCACAGAGGUCCAGUGGCUGCUAUGAGACUCAGACUAGGUGUAGUGAAUUGUGCUCAGCUGGGGGCAGGUGAACUCCUGCAGCAUCGCCUGCGCUGUGGAGAGGUGGAUGCUGCUCUGGGCAUUCUGGGUAAUAUGGACUGGUGCAUGAUGGGAGCAGACUGCUAUCGUGGUCUCAUCUCACUGACCGAUCACCUGCUCAGAAAACCACUGGACGAGCAGACAGAGGCUCAGUUAGAAGCUGCUUUGGGGAUGUUCUACUCUCCGUCCAGAGCCUUAACAGACACAGUCAUACUAGAGUAUCGAGACCCCAUCAGCCGCUACGCACGGAGAUUCUUCCAUCACCUGCUCAGGCACCAGCGCUUUGAGAAGGCUUUUCUCCUGGCUCUGGACAUCGGAGCUCGAGACCUGUUCAUGGACCUCCAUUACGUGGCACGUGACAGCGGUGAGCCCGUGUUGGCCGACGUGGCCCGACGGAAGGCUCAGGAGCUGGAUCAUGAAGGAGUCGCGGCCUUUGACCCGGAUCAGCCCAAGCCUGCACUUAGAGAGCAGAAUGGAGUGUGUGUCUCUCCCAUUAACACACACAUCGAAUGGACCAACCCCAGUAAACCACACAAGAACACAAGAGUCGGGUCUAAAGGAAAGAUGGAUAGGGAGAUGGAAGAAGACCUCUCUGAGACACCGGUAAAUCCUGCUGCCUGGCCCUGGACUCAAACAGAAUUCAUGCUGAGUGACCGCAAUGAUCAGGUGUCCAAAGACUCCGGAAAGCUGAAAGUCAUUCAUUUCGGCUUAGUCUGAACGCUGGAUAUGAAUUUUAUACACAUCAUCUGACUGCAAGUAAUAAACAUUUACACAGUUUUUUUUGAAGCCCGUGUCUCUCAGGAAGUCGUCUCAUGUUAAAACUUCAGUGUUGAAUAUUCUUGAAACUCAAUCACAAGAUGUUUUUGUAAAAUGUUUCACAUUCUUGUAGUUUGGAUGAGACACUAAUGUUGUGGAUUUGAGUUCAGUGCUACAAAAAAAAAAAAAAGGACAAAGUAUUUUCAUAACAUGCAUGUACAUUAUUUUUUUAAUAAUAAUUAUAAUA